AUGGCGUAACACGCGCGAGUUCCUCGCUCCUUUUGUGACAUUUUUGCGAAACGUUCAUCACGUUUUCGUGUGAAAACUAAUCUUAAAAUUCACACUAGGGCAUGGUCGAUAAAGUUUUUCAUACGAGAAACCGUGAUUUAAAAUCUCUAAUCGUGGUUAAGUUUUUUCGUGCCAAGUGCAACUAAGCUAUCAAGAUUCCGCCGAUACUUCAAAGCCUACCCAGUGGGUGGCUUAACUUGGUCUGAAAUUAAACAUGGAAAACUCAAAAAAGCAAGACUCCUUCUUCUUGAGGGGCAAGAAACAACUAAAUGGGAAUAAAUUUAAUAACAAGGUGAAACCAGAUGACAAUCAAGGCAAUGAUUUCAAAGGUAAAGGUCAAAAUUUCAAACAAGAUUUCAAAGGAAAACGACUGCAGAAGUUUGACCAGAACCGUGUCCAAAAAGACAACAGUGAUGAUAAGAAGCCAUUUGAUAAAAAAACGUAUAGACUGAAAAAGUAUAGUAAAAAGUACAAGUUAGAGCAAUGGGAAGAACAACGCAAAAAGCGACUGCUCCGUAACCUGCAGAAAGACCUCAAAAGUGACGAAGGCGCUGGUACAUACAAACCAAAAACAUUUGAUGAGGAUGUAACAGAUGGCCAAGAUGUUACAGGGCGAUUUGUUAAACAUCCAGAUUUGAUAGAAAAAGAAAAUGUAGAAAAAAUGGAAAAAGAGAAAAAGAAACCAAUUCUUAGUGCCAGAGAGAGACAUGAAAAAAUGAAGCAAGUUAAGUUAGAGAAGCAACAACAGGUGCAGAAGGCAAUUGAGGAGAAAAAGCAGAAAAUGCAAGAGUACAAGAAGAUAAAGCAGGAGAAGUUUAAGAAGUUAAGUAGGAAGACUAAGAAGGGGCAGCCGGUGAUGACUGGGCGGUUGGAACUGCUUUUGGAGAACAUACAAAAGAACAAGUAGGAAUAGACAACAGUUAUGUAUUUUAUUUCUAUACUAAGGAAAGAAAUGCAGCACAAAUAAGAGAAUAUGAAGUGUUGCCAUUAUGAAACUUAUAGAACAAUAAUUGAUAUGGCAUAGUUUGAUUUUCUGAUUAAUUCACUGUUGUUUCCUUAUGAACUGAAACAAAUAAAGUGACCCAAGGUCUUUUUAAUCAAUCAUAUUGUUCCUCGUAGAAUGAAUUGAUUAUUUUCAGUCACCAUACUUAAAGACACUUGAUAGAAUCUUAUUCUAAGACCAUUCUUUGUUAAAUGUUAAUUUACUAUACCAGGGGCCCGUUUAUCGAAAGCUUACAAGUUACAAGCUUUUGAGAAACGGGCCCCAGUACUUAGAACAGAUACAUGGGCAGAAGAUUAAAUGGCAGUGCUAAUAAAUACAUUUCAUGGUACCGAUAAAAGAAGAUUGAAAAUUUUAUACCUCGUAAAAGGUCUUCUGCAUGGCUGAAAUAGUGGUUUUAAGCAAAACUAUUUCUAUCCUGUUUACAUAGUAUAAGUUUAAAUAUGUAUACAAGGUACAGUCAAAUCAAAUAGCAUACUGUUGCACCAUGUUGCGCGCAUAAGUAUAACAUGCUCGUAAGGCUGGCAUAAAUAAGCUUGAGAUAUAAUUGCAGCUGACUGUAUCUCAUACUUCUGUAUCCAUUGUGUAUAUAGCGUAACCAGAUCUCUUUUCUUUUUGAAAUAAUGUUAAAACUUCACAAUAUUAACCAAGUAAAUUGGCAAAGCAAAUUCGAUCAUUAAAUCUAAAUUGCUCUCUUCAUGUUCAUUCUUUUGUUGUUAUAUGAGAAUAAUUUUUACGACUCAAAGAAUGACCUAACUGUAAAGACUCUGCAUUUGAAAUUCAAUCUUAAAUGCAAUGAAAUAUGGUAGGCUCAAUGUGAGACCAGUUUUGAAAUUGGUCACUUUUAUGUACUUACUUUACACAUAGUGUAUUUAUCAGGUAAGACAAAAUCUAAGUUUUAGUGUUAUUUUUUAUGUUGCUUGAGUAACAUGCAGUUUGCUAGUUAUAUAAUUUUACUCGUUGGCUUUUUUUUAAUUGUACUUUGAUUUUAUCUGUAAGUACAAGUUUUGUCUUUAUU